AUGAUUUCUUUGCUAAUUAGAGACCUGAAGAAUCUACAAUCCAUGGAUUUUCAAGGGAACAAAUUAACUGGUCAAAUUCCUGAUGAGAUAGGCAACUGUGUUUCUCUAAUGCUAGUGGAUUUAUCUGAUAAUUUACUGUAUGAAGAUAUACCAUUCUCAAUAUCCAAGCUUAAGCAGCUUGAGUUAUUGAAUUUGAAGAACAAUCAAUUGACUGGUCCUAUCCCUUCAACAUUAACACAGAUUCCCAACCUCAAAACUCUGGACCUUGCUCGUAACCAGCUUAUUGGUGAGAUACCGAGGUUAAUCUAUUGGAAUGAAGUAUUACAAUAUCUGUAAGUACUACAUCAAUUA